UUCCGAGUCCUGAAGUUCAAAGUUCAUUCCUGUGUGUGGUGAGUCUCAGUGGAGGUGGUGUGAAGUGCAGGGAGUGUAAAGUUUUGAGCGGGUGAAGAGUUCUGGAGGAGCUCACUGAGGACAGACUGACACCUGUUGAAGAUGUCUUCCUCAGACUCCAGCUGCUGCAGCAGAUUGCGCUCCUGUCCUAAACCACAUGGCUUCCUCGCCUCUGCCAUCACUAAAGGGCUGCUGGGUGUGCUGCUGUUUGGAGUGGUAUGGUCAAUCGUGGGUCCAGAGUGCCUUCCGGGUAGGAACCUCUUUGGGCUGGUGAUCCUGUUCCUCAGCGCUGUGUGUGGAGGGAAACUGAUGGGAAUGAUCAGACUGCCCAGCUUACCUCCAUUCCCACCACUACUGGGUAUGCUGCUGAUGGGUCUGAUUCUGCGCAAUGUCCCCUAUGUGACCGAUGCUGUGUACAUUGAUCAGAAGUGGUCUUCAUCCCUGCGCAGCGUUGCUCUCGCCAUCAUCCUCACCAGAGCCGGCCUGGGACUCAACCCAGCAGCUCUGAGGAGGCUGAAGGCGGUGUGUGUGAGAGUGGCUGUGGGACCCUGCACUACUGAAGCCUGCACUGUGGCGGUGGUCUCUCACUUCCUCAUGGGGCUGCCGUGGAUAUGGGGCUUCAUUCUCGGGUUUGUGUUGGCUGCCGUUUCCCCUGCAGUGGUCGUUCCCUCCAUGCUGUUGCUCCAGCAGGCUGGGUUCGGGGUUCAGAAGGGAAUCCCCACGCUCCUGAUGGCCGCAGGAAGCUUCGACGACGUCCUCGCCAUCACCGGCUUCACCACCUGCCUCGGCAUGGCGUUCGGCACCGGUUCCACGUGGCUGAGUCUGGGUAAGGGGGUGUUGGAGGUGGUGGUGGGCAUUUUUGCAGGAGGAGUUCUGGGGGUCCUGCUGCACUUCUUCCCCAGUGACGACCAGGCUGACCUGGUUCUAAGGAGGUCCUGUAUGCUGCUGGGUCUGUCUGUGUUUUCAGUGUUUGCGAGUCACUCUGCUGGUCUGGGGGGGGCGGGGGGGCUCUGUACCCUCGUCCUGUCCUUCAUUGCUGGACUCAGCUGGGAUUCGAACAAGGCUCCUGUAGCUGCAGUAGUUGGGAGGUUUUGGGACGUAUUUCAGCCGCUGCUGUUCGGACUGAUUGGAGCUGAAAUCACUAUUUCAACUCUCAACCCUAACACUGUGGGUUUGGGGAUGGCCACUCUGUGUGUUGGAGUCGUCGUCCGUGUGUUGGUGACGUUUGCUGUAGUUCUGUUUGCCGGUUUUAACCUGAAAGAGAAGAUCUUCAUUUCUUUGGCCUGGCUGCCCAAAGCUACCGUACAGGCUGCUAUAGGCUCCACUGCUCUGGACAUGGCGCGCAGUAUAGGGGACCAGCAGCUGGAGCGUUAUGGGAUGGACGUUCUGACUGUGGCUGUUCUGGCCAUUCUGGUGACGGCACCUAUCGGAGCGCUCGCUAUCGGCCUGGCCGGACCCCGACUACUGCAGCAGUACACUGAGAUAAAGGAGACACUCCCCGAGGAGAAAGCUGAGAGCUCCACUCCAGAUCCAGGUGUAACUCCGGCUCUGGAGAGCAAACUUUAGAAACAACAGUGGUCUGAUGACAUCAUCACCACCCUCACUGCAUCCAAAUCACUGUAAUGCUGUAAUACUGAAGGACGACUCCACCAUAUUUCAGCCUGAUCUGACCUGCAGCAGCAGCUCGUUCCCUCCUGUUGUAAACAGUGUCUCUCUGUUCUUUGUAGAUACAGAGGAGUCUAUUAAAGCCACACUGACUCUGCGCUACAGACGCAGCUCAGACGGCCAGGCUGGAAUCUCCUAAACACUCCUGUAACGCUUUAGUGCUGUUCUGUCCUUUAGCUGAAGCUCAAAGCCCUGACUGACUCCUUCAGUCACUCAGACUCACAGCACGUCAUGCACUGCGAUAGUUUUAUUGUUUAAUAUUUAUUAUAUUUAAUAUAUUACAUUGCACCAUUUUUCUAUGAUGUAAGCUAAUUUACUCUCACUGAGAGGCUUUAUUACAGUAAACCACUGAGACCUAUUACACGAUA